AUGUCAAGCGGAAGGAAAAGUCAAGGUAGUCAAAAGAUCGAAAUGAAAAAGAUGAGCAACGAGAGUAACCUGCAAGUGACUUUUUCAAGACGACGUAGCAGACUCUUCAAGAAAGCCAGUGAACUUUCAACCCUAUGUGAUGCACAAAUUGCUCUUGUUGUAUUCUCACCUAGUGAAAAGGUAUUUUCUUUUGGACACCCCAAUAUAGACACAGUCAUAGAUCAUUAUCUCUCUCGAGUUCCACCCCAAAACAACGACAUCAUGGAAUUCAUUGAGGCUUGUCGUAAAGCUAAUGUGUGUGAGAUCAAUACUCAGUUGACUUAA